CGGCGACCUCCGGGCGGGCGUGAGCGGCGCCACUUCCGCUUCCGGCGGCGGAAUGGUGCCGCCGGUGCUGCUGCCGGUGCUGGUGCUGGCGCUGGGCGCGGCGGUUCGCGGCGGCUCCGGGCCCGUCACCUGCGGCUCCGUGGUGAAGCUGCUCAACGUGCGGCACAAUGUCCGCCUGCAUUCGCACGACGUGCGCUACGGCUCCGGCAGCGGGCAGCAGUCGGUGACCGGGGUGUCGGCGGCGGAUGACGGGAACAGCUACUGGCGGGUGCGGGGCCGCACGGCGGCCGUGUGCGAGCGGGGCCGGCCGGUGCGGUGCGGGCAGCAGAUCCGCCUGACCCACCUGGGCACCGGCCGCAACCUGCACAGCCACCGCUUCACCUCCCCGCUCUCCGGGAACCAGGAGGUGAGCGCGUUUGGGGAGGCCGGCGAGGGCGACUACCUGGACGACUGGACAGUGGUUUGCAGCGGGACGUACUGGGCGCGGGACGGCGAGGUGCGCUUCCAGCACACCUCCACCGAGGUCUUCCUCUCGGUGACGGGCGAGCAGUAUGGGCGGCCCAUCCACGGGCAGAAAGAGGUGCACGGCAUGGCCGCCUCCAGCCAGAACAACUACUGGAAGGUGAUGGAGGGCAUCUUCAUGCAGCCCAGCGAGGUCUUCAAAGCGGAGCAGUACCAUGCUGAGUUGUGACGGACAGACAGACUGACGCUGAGCCGCUGGGUGCUGCCCUGUGGCAUUUGGGUUGGCUCAACCCAGAGGACAGACCCUGUACCCACCUGGGUCUGAUACACACCAGGGUGCAGAGCCCCAAAUCCAACACAAGGCAGAUCCCAAUGUCCAAACCUGACCAAAAGCAGCGCCCAACGUCCAAGAUCCAACAUGAAACAGGUCCCCAGGUCCUAAAUCCAGCCCAAAGCAGGUCCUAAUGUCCAGACCUGACCCAAAGCAGAGCCCAGCAUCUGAGAUCCAGCACAAAGCAGGUUCCCACGUUCCAAAUCCAGUACAAAGCUGAGCCAAACAUCCGACAUGAACCAGGUCCUCGUGUCCUAAAUCCAGCCCAAAGGGAAUCCUAAUGUCCAGAUCUGAUUGAAAGCAGAGCCCAGUGUCCAAGAUCCAAUAUGAAGCAGGUCCCCAGGUCCUAAAUCCAGCCCAAGGCAGAUCCUAAUGUCCAGACCUGACCCAAAGCCCAGCCCAACAUCCAACAUGAACCAGGUCCCUGUGACAUAAUCCUAAUGUCCAGACUUGACCCAAAGCCAAGCCCCACAUCCAGGCCCGACCCAGAGCAGAUUCCUAAACUCCACAACCCUCCCCUUGCAGCUCCCUCCAGCCAAGACCCCCCCCACAGGAGCUGCACCCCACACUGUAUCCCAAACCUCUCCCUGUGCGCGGCAAGGACCCGGGACCAUAAAAGAGCUGAAUCCUC